AUGGCCGCCGAACAGCGCAAGCUGCUCGAGCAGCUGAUGGGAGAGCAGCUCCUUGCAGCACCCGGCACAUUACGACAACCCGCGCUCGCAAUCACAGAUCCCAAAGUAUGCCGCUCAUAUCUUUGCGGCGGAUGCCCGCACGACCUCUUCACAAACACAAAGCAAGAUCUCGGCUCUUGCGACCGCAUGCACCUACCCAACCUGCGCGAGGAAUAUCUGGCCGCCACGGACGAUCAGCGACGAGAUUGGGGAUUCGAAUUCGACUACCAACGAGAUAUCGGAAAAUAUGUCAGCGAGUGCGACAGGCGCAUAGAAGGUGCUCAGCGCAGACUCGAGAAGACACCCGAGGAGAUACGACAGACGAAUGCGCUGCUCAAGCAGAUCAGUGACCUGGGCCGAACGAUCGAGGCAGGCCUGAUUGAGGUGGAGAUCAUGUGCGAGCUCGGAGCGGUCAAUCUUGGUGUCCAGGAAUUUCACAAUUUGAAACUGAAAAAGGUUCAGAAGGAUGAGCGCGAGCGCGAGCUGAAGGCGCUAUCAGACACGUCUGGGCCAUCAGGUCAUCAAAAGCUACAAGUCUGCGACGUGUGCGGCGCAUACCUGUCGCGACUGGACAACGAUCGACGUUUGGCGGAUCACUUCUUCGGCAAGAUGCACCUGGGAUACGCGCAAAUGCGAAAGGAGUAUGACAGGCUGGCGAAAGAGCUCAAGGGAAGGCCGCCGCCACGACGAGACGAGCCUGUGGAAGAGAGAGGCGGAUAUGAUGAUGGCGGAUAUGGAGGAGGAUACGGAGGAAGAAAUGGGGGAGGCUAUGGAGGUGGUCGAGGAGGGGGUGGAGGUGGAGGGUAUGGGCGUAGAGGUGGAGAUGGGGGAGGCUUCGGUGGAGGCGGAGGAAGAGGUCGUCCCCGAUGGUGA